AUGAGCGGCAUCAAAUCCCCUGCGUGCAAUGCGAACGCUGACGAGUUGCCGGCAGCUAUCGCUGAGGCGUACAGGACAUCUGUGGACAGUGCAUCACGAACGACUAUCAUAUGGAUGAAUAACCAAAACGUUUCCGAAGAGCGUUCCAACUUAAGUACUCCGUCGAAUAUCGUUUCGGUGACUUCACUCAGAGAGUGUGCGGGAACUCCUUCUUCGAUGGUCUCUUCCCCUGCGUUAUCUGCGCACUCAGUAGGAUCCCAGGAGCUGCGAAAUACUGGAACAGCCAGCGAGAAAAAUGGUAUUGCGGAGGAACCUUCCGAUUAUCAAGGCACGUCACAAAGUCGAGCACCAUGUCGUCCAUACUUGCUGCAAGCCGUUCUGCGGACAGUAACUCAAUCGAAAGAGAUCUCGGUGGAGCAGGUGGGAGAAGCCCUGUCACAAGUAGACACUGGUGAAGAUUACAAUGUCUGUUCCUUCCAUACUAUCAAAUGCACCUACAAAUACGCUCCACAGCAAGCUUCAGGACUUUAUCACACAUUUCACGCGUGCGAGGGAGUGUCGCGUCAACGUUGA